AUGUCGCUCUUGUUCCCCAACAUGGCCUCUCUGGCCAACUCUCUCACCCCUUCGAUUGGCGGUCUCAACACGCCUUUCCCCUCUUUGAAGCUUGCAAGCAUUGUCAAUGAUGCCAAGUCAAAGGCAAAGCAACUCGAAAGCAAAUCCAAAGAAGGUAUCGAAGGUGCGAAGGACAAAAUCAGCUCAGAGGCCGAUGCAUUGAGAUCCAAGGUGGCUUCCGCCACCGGUGUCGGUGCCGCUUCAAAAGCCAGCAUCGAACUCUACUCGACCAAGUACUACACUGCUUGUGCCGGUGGUGGUGUACUCGCUUGUGGUCUCACCCACGCUCUUCUCACUCCACUUGAUUUGGUCAAACGCCGAAGACAGGUGGACAAGACCCUUAACAAAGGUAACAUGGACGGAUGGAGCAAGAUCUACAAUACCGGUAUUGGUCCCACCUGGGUUGGUUACUCGGUCCAAGGUGCCUGUAAAUAUGGUUUCUACGAGUAUUUCAAGAAAAAAUACGCCGAUGCCGUUGGACCUGUCAAUGCCGUCAAAUACAAAGACGCGAUCUACUUGGCCGGCUCUGCCUCCGCCGAGCUGAUUGCUGAUGCCGCCUAUGUCCCACUCGAAGCCGUCAAGGUCCGAAUGCAGACCACGAUCCCGCCUUUUGCCACUGGAAUGGUCGAUGGAUUCUGGUCGUUCGAAGCUACUGUCACCAAGAUCUACGCUUCGCUCGGUAAACCUAAAGACUCUUACAACAAGGUGAGCAGCCGAAAUUGUGUUCUUUCCCCCGCUGAUACCAUGGUUUCCAAGUUGAACGCUGUUGGUAAGGAGGGCUCUGCCAAACCCACUGUUGGCUCGAUCUACAAGGAAAUCGGAUUCGGAGGUCUCUGGGCUGGUCUCGGAACCCGUAUCGUGAUGAUCGGUACUUUGACCGCGCUACAAUGGCUCAUCUACGACCAUGUCAAGGUUGCAUUUGGAUUGCCCACCACUGGUUCAGCUGAACCUCAAAAGAAGUAG